AUGUUCUCGUCCAAUUGCUUCUUCGGCACGGCCAGCUUCUUCCUGCCUCUCCCGCUUUUCGCGGUCGUGGAGGACGGUCAGCAGAUCGUUCGCGUCGCCACGCGCCGAUACCUGGCGUGGUUCGACGGAAUCGAGGAGGACGCGAAGAACAUAUGGGGCUUCGAUUUCUCCGCCUACGAGUUACAGCAGGUGCUCACAAUCGAGGGCCAGCCGGCAGUGGAGUAUAUAAAGCAGUGGGCGGAUAAGCACGGCGGCAUGGUGCGCAACCCCAGUGCGCGCUUCAACAUGAUGUUCGCGGGGCUCGACCCACAGGGAAGAGCCAGCUUGUUUCAGCACCCGGGGAGUUCGCUCUCAGGGAGCUGGUGCCAGAGAGCGACUCGCUGCAGGUGUCCAUUCUCAAAGGAUUUCCCCUCCGCAUCCCUCCUCUCUCCCCUGUCCAACCCCUUUCAACCGCACUGCAUCCCUCGCAGGUGUAUCUAUUGUAUCUCCCCGGCAGUGAUAGUGCUGCACAUAUUCGACGCGGACAGCACCACGGCGAGUAAGCUGACCGCCACCAACCCUGCCUUGCAACCCUCUACAACCCUUUCCACCCCUCCGCGCCCUCAUGCACCCCUCUUCCCCUCGCAGGUGUAUCUGGUGAGCAACCGCACGGCAGUGAUAGUGCUGCACACGUUCGACGUGGACAGCACCACGGCUGAGGAGCUCGCAGUCACCAGCCCGGACGUGCACCCCGUUGACUACCUCGCUGAAGAGAUUCUCAAAGCCAUGGACGCUGCCAGGAGGUACGCUUGCCCUUUUUCUCUCCCUGCUCGCCCUCCCUGCUCGCCUUCUUUGCUCCUCCUCUACAGCGCAGCCACCAGCCCGGACGUGCACCCCGUUGACUACCUCGCCGGGGAGAUUCUCAGAGACAUGGACGCCGCCAGGAGCACCAACUGCGCGGAGGUCAUAUUCGACGUGCGCGUGAACGGCGGCGGGUUUACCGCGCUGGGCUCAGUCACAGUCGUCACCCUUCUCGGCACGCGCAACGUGCCUCUAGCGGACGCAACCCUACCCAUGGACUUCAUUAUAGGCACAAACUUCACGUGGAGCCUCAUGGAGGAUCAGGCCAUUCCAGACUACGCAACGGACGGCUAUACGCAUCCCGGCGACGGCGCGUCGGUGCUCUCGUCUUCGCAAGACUACACUCCUCUGCAGAACAUCUCGUUUACAGAGGCCGGUCGCGCCGGCACCUAUACCGCGGAUUUUAAGUCGUAUUUCGAGAAUUUCUACGGCGGAUUGGCGGAGCGCGCGGGAUCCGCGAAGCCGUUUUUCGGCGCGCGGCCGUUUCUGUUUCUGGCGGACGGCGACUGCUUUUCCACGUGCGCCAUCCUCACGCACAUGCUGGGUAAACGCUACAAAGUACCCAUGGUAACCGUGGGUGGUUACCUCGAUCAGCCCGUGUCCGUGAGCGCGUCGUGCCUGGGCUACACCAUGCUCUCGUUAAACUGCGCCGUCUCGGUUCCGCUAAGCCGCACGAGCCACGCCAACGACCCGCGCGCGUCGAAAACCGUUUAA